AUGUCCAAAAAAUCCACAGGCGAUGACAUAUGGAAAGGGAGUGUGGAAAAGAUAAAUUCAGAGUUGUUUACAUUGACAUACGGAUCACUUGUUGCUCAAUUAUGUCGAGAUUUUGAUAACAACUACCAUGAGGUCAAUAACCAACUUGACAAGAUGGGAUUCAAUAUAGGCUGUAGACUAAUCGAAGAGUUUCUUGCCAAAACCGGUAUCAAACGGUGCUCAUCAUUCAAAGAGACUGCCGACGUCAUAUCCAAACUAGGAUUCAAAUUGUUUCUCAACAUUCAACCACAAGUUGAAAAUUGGUCCAAUGAGAACAAGAUUUGCAGUUUGAUAAUACCUGAACCCAACCCAUUGACUGAAUUUGUUGAGUUGCCAGUAUCUACUGAUUCAAAAAUCACUAAAGAGUUGUGGUAUUCACAAAUAUUGUGUGGCGUACUUCGAGGUGCGUUACAAAUGGUUCAAUUGGAUUGUGACGCCUAUUUUGUAAAAGAUGUGUUACGUGGUGACGAAAGGACAGAGAUGAAGUUGAAGUUGAAUAAGGUUUUGAAAGAUGAAGUUCCGGCAGGGGAAGAUUAA